AGUUUAGUUUGCGCGCUGUUUGUGUCCAUUGCUCCGCUGCUCGCAUAUUAUUUUUAGUAGGGAAAACGUUUGAAAUAUUAUAAUAUAUAGUAUAAAUCAACAUAUGUACAUAUAAAUAUAUAUAUAUAUAAUAAAUGUUCGCAAUUGCUGCCUAGAUUAUAUCAUAUUAAGCAGACAAAAUGACAGGAACGUCAACGGCAAGCAAUGAAAUGGAACAAACUGAUGAACAAGAACAGCCGAUGGAUGUGCGAAUCAAUAUGCCCUGGGGCUAUGUGGUAGGCCGCUGGUAUGGCAAUCGUCAGGUACGUCCCAUAUUGGCCCUGCACGGCUGGCUGGACAAUUUGGGCACUUGGAAUGAGCUAUUGCCACUGCUACCGAAGCACCUGGGCGUGCUUUGCAUUGAUCUGCCUGGGCACGGUUUCUCGUCCAAGCUGCCGGAGGGGAUUGCCUAUCAUUUUGUGGACUACCUGUGCGUGAUACUGCGCAUUAUGGAGGAGUAUGGCUGGCAGAAGGUGUCACUGAUGGCGCACUCAAUGAGCGCCAUGUUGUGCUUCAUCUUCGCCUCGCUCUACCCGAAUCGCCUGGAUAUGCUGAUCAGCAUUGAUAUUGUGAGGACACGCUAUCGCAAGCCACCGUCCCAAAUCGAUUACCUGCGCACCAACAUCGAGCGCUACAUGGUCGAGGAUGAGCGCUUUGCAAAUGCCAAGCGCGAGGAGCCACCAUCUUAUACGUGGAACGAACUCGAGCAUGUGCUGCACAAGGGUUCAGAUGGUUCGGUGGCCAUGGAAAACACCCAUCACAUACUGGAACGCAAUGUGGCCAGAUCGACCAAGUAUCCGGAAAAGUAUUUCUUCUCUCGAGAUGGACGCUGCAAGUAUUACUUUGAGUUCCACACAAGUCCACCCUUUGCAGCCGAGCUUGCGCGAACGAUUCGCAAUGUUCCAUACUGUGUGAUCAAGGGUUCUGAGUCGAACUUUAUCGACGAGGAGAGUCAGGAGGUGAUUGACAUACUGCGCUCUAAUAAUCCACACUUUGAGCUGCACGAGGUUAAGGGCACACAUCAUGUGCAUCUGAACAAUGCCAAGGGUGUUGCCGAGAUUAUCAAUCCGUUUAUAAUGCAUCAUAGACCGCCACAGUUGGAUAAUUGGACGGUGGAUGCGGAGGAGUUGCCCGAAGUGGUGCAAGACUUCGCAUUAGCCGUGGAUGAGGUCAAGCGGAGAAAGAGAAAAAGUAACCUCUAGCUGUUGCACUCACCUCUGAGCAGCGGACAGCGCGAGGAUAAAAAGCUUUUCCAAAAUUAAGAUAAGGCUAUCAAACAAAUUAAACUGUAAUUUAAAAGUCUAGCUAUUUAAACUUUCACCAAACUCAGGUAAACUUUUAAUUUGACAUUAUUAGUUGUCAACCAAAAAAAAAAAGAAAAACCAAAAGAACCCUCUUUGGUACAUAAUAUAAAAACUCUAAAUGAGCGUCUGCUUUUUACAUUAAUUACCUUUUUU